AACCGAGGCACUUAAAGGAGGCGGGUCAACCAGCGCUGGCAAGAAACCGUGCUAGCACAGGCUGUUGGUCAGACUAAAGUCUCGCAGAGCCUUUGAAAGUCGAUGGUAAUCAGGCUAGCGAACUACAGGAUCUGGCGAAAGUCAGGUUACAGGUUGUUCAGACCAGAAGUGAAACAGAAACUUGACUUCGGGCGUUUCUAGUAGCCUACUGUUGACAAUUGGGAGACUGCCGUGGGGAGACUAUUUGGGAGACUAUGACAGAAAUCAAAGGACUAUCGCUAGUAAAAACGUCCCAGGAUGGCGGAAACUAGCUCUACACUCAACAUGGAGAGUGAUGAGUGUAUGGGUCCAGCAAAAACCUCUGCAGGAGGAGACUCUUCUGCUGUAGGCCUACAGAUGGAGGCAGAUGGCUCUGAAAGCAGCUCUCACUCCUCUACACCCUCCAGGAAGAGUGAUGAGUGUUUGGGUCAAGGAGAAACCUUCACACGAGGAGAUUAUUCUGCUGGACAUGUCCAGCAGGGGGCAUCAGGCGCACAGUCCAAGAGGACAGACGAGACCGAGGACUCAGCACACAGAUGGACACCAGAGGAGGCAGAGAUCCACGAGAAACUCAGAUCCACUCUGAAGAGCAAGUUUGAGCAGCUGGUUGAGGGAGUACCCAAUCAGGGAGACCCCAGACUCCUCCAAGAGAUCUACACAGACCUCUACGUCACAGAGGGGGGAGGAGGAGGGGUCAAUUAUGAGCAUGAGGUCAGACAGAUAGAGAGGGCAUCCUGGAGAAGAGUAGCACAGGACAGACCAAUCAAAUGCAGUGACAUCUUCAAACGCUUACUGGAGGAGGAAAGACGCUUCCUGGAAGAAGAGAGAAAAAAGGAGCCCCUUCACAAACAACACAGACCCAUCAGAACAGUGCUGACUAAGGGAGUGGCCGGCAUUGGAAAAACAGUCUCUGUGCAGAAGUUCAUUCUGGACUGGGCUGAAGGAACAACCAAUCAGGAAGUCCACUUCAUAUUUCCUCUUCCUUUCCGAGAGCUGAACCUGAUGAAGGAGAAGAAACUCAGUCUGGUGGAGCUCAUUCAAGUUUUUUUCCCAGAAGUAAAUGACCCAAGAAUCUUAACCAGUUCAGAACACAGAGUCAUGUUUAUAUUUGAUGGUCUGGAUGAGUGUCGACUUCCUCUAGAUUUCCGCUCCAACCCAAGAUGUUGUGAUGCAACAGAGCCAGUCUCAGUGGACGUGCUGCUGACAAACCUCAUCAAGGGGGAUCUGCUUCCCUCUGCUCUCCUCUGGAUCACCACCCGACCAGCAGCAGCCAAUCAGAUCCCUCCUAAGUUUGUGUAUCAGGUGACAGAAAUAAGGGGAUUCAACGACCCACAGAAAGAUGAGUACUUCAGGAAGAGAAUCAGUGAUGAGAACCUGGCCAGCAGAACAGUCACACACCUGAAGUCAACCAGGAGUCUCUACAUUUUGUGCCACAUUCCAGUCUUCUGCUGGAUUACAGCCACCGUUGUAGAGAGAACAUCAGAAUCAGAGAAAGUAAAAAUGCCACGGACUCUCACUCAAAUGUACACACACUUCUUGAUAGUUCAGACAAGCAUCAAGCAGAAGUACACAGAGAGAAAAGAGACCGAUGAAGAGGUGAUUUUCCAACUGGGGAAACUGGCUUUCCAACAGCUGGAGAAGGGCAAUCUGAUCUUCUAUGAGGAGGACCUGAGAGAGUGUGGCACUGACGUCACAGAAGCAUCAGUGUACUCAGGAGUGUGUACCCAGAUCUUCAGAGAGGAGGCUGGGCUGUGCCACGGGAGGGUGUUCAGCUUUGUGCAUCUGAGCAUCCAGGAGUUUCUUGCAGCUCUGUAUGUGUUCCUCUGCUUCAGCAACAGACAGAGAAACAUACCUGAUCAACAGCAAACCUCUCAGCUCUCUGCUCUGUUCACAGCUACAACACUUCAUGACCUACACAAGACUGCAGUGGACCUGGCCUUACAGAGUAAGAAUGGACACCUGGACCUUUUCCUCCGCUUCCUUCUGGGCCUCUCACUGGAGUCCAAUCAGAGUCUCUUAAAACACCUACUGCCACAGAGCAGCAGCCAAUCAGAUAGUUCAGAACAAACAGUCCAGUAUAUCAAACAGAAGAUCAGAGAUCAACAUGAUUCCAACAGAAGUAUUAACCUGUUCUACUGUCUGAAUGAGCUGAAUCACCAUGCUGUAGUGGAGCUCAUUGACAAGAGCUCAGGAACUCUGUCUGUAGUCAUGCUCUUACCAGGACAGUGGGAGACUAAGACAUGGAAGACAUUUAAGUUGUCAGAAGAGCAGCUGGAUGAGUUUGACCUGCAGAAGCACAUAAAGACACCAGAGGAAGACCAGACUGAACUCCUCAGUCCAGAGGAAGUUCUUCAGAAGGUGCUGCCAGCAGUCACAUCAGCUCUGCUGGAUAGCUGUAAGCUGACAGAGAAGAGCUGCUUCUAUCUGGCCUCUGCUCUCACAUCACUCUCCUCAACACUCAGACUGCUGCACCUGAGUCUUAAUCCCAUGCAGGACUCAGGAGUGGAACUUUUAUGUUCUGCUCUUUCUCAUCAGAACUGCAAACUGGAGGAACUAAAGCUGCAGCACUGUUUCCUGACAGAGAAGAGCUGCUCCUAUCUGGCCUCUGCUCUCACAUCACUCUCCUCAACACUCAGACUGCUGGACCUGAGUGGGAAUCACCUGCAGGACUCAGGAGUGGAACUGUUAUGUUCUGCUCUUUCUCAUCAGAACUGCAAACUGGAGGAACUACGGCUGGUUGACUGUAAGCUGACAGAGAAGAGCUGCUCCUAUCUGGCCUCUGCUCUCACAUCACUCUCCUCAACACUCAGACUGCUGGACCUGACUAGUAAUGACCUGCAGGACUCAGGAGUGGAACUUUUAUGUUCUGCUCUUUCUCAUCAGAACUGCAAACUGGAGGAACUACAGCUGCAGGGCUGUGAUCUGACAGAGAAGAGCUGCUCCUAUCUGGCCUCUGCUCUCACAUCACUCUCCUCAACACUCAGACUGCUGGACCUGACUAGUAAUGACCUGCAGGACUCAGGAGUGGAACUUUUAUGUUCUGCUCUUUCUCAUCAGAACUGCAAACUGGAGGAACUACGGCUGGAUAGCUGUAAUCUGACAGAGAAGAGCUGCUCCUAUCUGGCCUCUGCUCUCACAUCACUCUCCUCAACACUCAGACUGCUGCACCUGAGUAGUAAUGACCUGCAGGACUCAGGAGUGGAACUUUUAUGUUCUGCUCUUUCUCAUCAGAACUGCAAACUGGAGGAACUACGGCUGGAUAGCUGUAAUCUGACAGAGAAGAGCUGCUCCUAUCUGGCCUCUGCUCUCACAUCACUCUCCUCAACACUCAGACUGCUGCACCUGAGUACUAAUCCCCUGCAGGACUCAGGAGUGGAACUUUUAUGUUCUGCUCUUUCUCAUCAGAACUGCAAACUGGAGGAACUACAGCUGCGGUUCUGUAAUCUGACAGAGAAGAGCUGCUCCUAUCUGGCCUCUGCUCUCACAUCACUCUCCUCAACACUCAGACUGCUGCACCUGAGUACUAAUCACCUGCAGGACUCAGGAGUGGAACUUUUAUGUUCUGCUCUUUCUCAUCAGAACUGCAAACUGGAGGAACUACAGCUGCGGCACUGUAACCUGACAGAGAAGAGCUGCUCCUAUCUGGCCUCUGCUCUCACAUCACUCUCCUCAACACUCAGACUGCUGGACCUGAGUAACACUGUGUUUGGCUUUGAUAAUGUCCUGAGUGCCUCAGCUGUAGAGGAGCUCUCUGCUCUAGUGAAGGACCCACACUGUAAACUGGAGGAACUAACAGUGGGUGAUUGGGGUGAUGUGCGCACCAUCAGAAAGGAGCGUCCAGCAGCAGCAGCAGCAGCAGCAGCAGCAGCCUCCACUAGCAGCUCCCACUCCUCAGAUGCUGCAGAGCUGCACCUCAGAGACAAAGCCCAGCAGCACCCAGGAGCACAGCUGCUCUCUCUGGACACUCACAAGCAGGGUGCAAAGGUUGUUCCACGGAGGAGCUGUGAAUCCUGUACUGAAGUUCCAGACUCCAGCCACUGGGUCCUGGUGAAGCCUGAAGUCUCCACAGAGGAGAGCGUCUCCACCUACAGCCUGAGCUCUCCUGCAGGGAGCUACGAGUGCUCAGAGUCCGGUCUGCGCUGGACGUGUGCUGGUCCAGUCACCCUGCGGUACCGCUUCAUCCAGGACGAGCUGUUCUGGGCCCAGCUGCAGGAGUUACGGUACCAACCCGCCGGUCCUCUGAUGGACAUCAAGCUUCUGUCAGGCCAGCUGGAGGAGGUCCAUCUGCCCCACUCCCUCUGCCUGGGUGGUUUUGACCCGGCCGUGCUGGGAGGUGCGGUCAGGGCCCUGCACAGUGACGACAGCGACAGCGGCGUUUCCCUGGAGAUGUGUCAGCUGAGCCGUUUCCAUGGCAGGCUUCCAGCACCAUGCUUCUCUCUGUGGCAGCUGGUGGUGAGUCUGGGCAUCCCAGUGAAGAGCCACUGUGAGGUCCUGAUCUACCAGUCCUGCCCCCGGCCCCUGGUCCUCCACACCUACCUGCUGCCCGCACCCUCCACAGCCAGGCAGGAGGUGCAGCAGAGGUGGAGGAGCCAGGAGAAGCUCAUCUCCAAGCCGCCCCCCGACGACUCCUUCUGGGUCAACACCAGAUUCCAGCUCUGCGUCUCCAGCUCCAUCACUCCCCCAGAGAUCACCCCCCCAGAGAUCACCCCCCCAGAGAUCACUCCCUCAGUGAUGAAGCUCAGCUACAAAACCCCCCCGACAUUCUUCGAGGUGUGCUUGAGGAACCCCUCUGGGGACUUCAACAUGGAGCUUAGAACCGCUGACACGAGCCAACCUGUUUGGAGUGCCGUUCUGAGGAAGGGCGCUGACUACCCCCGGACCCGAGAACAAGCCGACCCAGGGGAGACCUCCGACUCACACGCAGCGUCUGCACCUUCAAGGCAUCCUGAUCCAGGGCAGGAUUUCUUCUCCAAACACAAGGGGGCGCUGGAGACUCGUCUUCCUGUCCUCGCCUCCAUCCUGAUUCCACUCCAGCAGAGGGGGGUUCUGAAUGACCUGGAGCGGGAGCAGGUGGAGAGCAAACCCACCAGCACAGAACGGAACCAUGUUCUGCUCACCAUCAUACAGAAAAGAGGAACCACAGCCCAACUGGAGUUCUACAAGGUUCUAAAGGAGGUUGACCCUGGUCUGGUGAACGACCUAGAAGGAACUUCCUGAAUCUUCAAUGCAUCCUUCAGUUUUUACCUUAGUAUAAUAUGAGGCCUAAGCCUAUAAUGCUUUCAAGGCAUUUUAAUGGUAAACUAACUUGUAUUAGGGACUACUGUUUGUUGUAAAUUGUGUUAUAUUGCCUUGUCAGUCGACGAGACUCUUUGGAGAUUAUUUUUACCAGUGCGUGAACAAAUCCAUGUCUGGAAGGAUCCGAGCCAUAAGUGGUAUUUACGCCAAUUGUGUAAAAUACAAAUAGUCCACAACUGUAGUUGCUCUCUCGGAGUUCUUUUAUCUUGUGCUAACAUGUACAGUAUGCACAGAACUCUAAAGUUCAGAAGGAAUGUACGUCACUCUUGGGGUUAAUACUGGUGCUGGUGUGUGUUCCUCCUGUUUACAGUAUUUUACAUGAAUGCGUCAGUUUAAGUAAAUAACUGUUUUUCUUACAUAUGUUUAUGCCAUUCAUUUGAUCAGUAAGGACCAAUUAGUAUCCUAUUGGCAUAAGUGAAAUACGAGACUUGUGUCUCUCAGAUGAUCUGAUCUCAGGACUCUCAGAUAAACUUUGUCUGGAUUCAUCGUGUAAACCUGUAAUGACCAUGCAGUGGCUCAGGGAAGAGAACAUAGCCAAACCUUUGGUAUCAGCAUUGUCCUCCUGAAUGUAAUACACCUGUGUGCCUUAUCUUAUUCGGUGUUCUUAUGAUAUUAGUGACCAUGCCUGCUCUGGAACCUACUGAAUGUAUGCAUGCUAUGUAUAGAAUUGUAUAGAAUUCCCAAAUCAACCUUAAGGCUGAUACUUCAUUUUUCCUUAGGUAAGGAAUUUAUUUAAACGUGUUGCACACAAUUUCUUAAAUGGUGACCUUGGGUAAGGAAAUCCGUUAAAAGAUUUACUUCAUUGAAAGCGAUUUUCUGGCAUGAAGGGGGUGGAGCCCUUACCUGGGGCUGUCUAAAAGUGUGGGGCAUCUUGUGCUGUUUGUCCCACUGUCCACUCCGUACAAAAGGGACCUGGACUACUGUGUGGGGCUUCUUGUGCUGUUUGUCCCACUGUCCACUCCGUACAAAAGGGACCUGGACUACUGUGUGGGGCUUCUUGUGCUGUUUGUCCCACUGUCCACUCCGUACAAAAGGGACCUGGACUACUGUGUGGGGCUCAUAGACAUAGAACGCUAGACGGAGCAUUGGCUGCUGAGACCAUAGACAGUAAAAGAUAUGGACAGAGCUAUCACGUAGACGGCAGCAGAGACCGAGGAAGCAAAUUUCAACGGUUUUUUUAGGUCUUCUUAUUCCGUCAUAGGUCUCCUGCGCAGGCUCAGUUGUCGUACAUGUGACGUAGGCACGUAGUCUGACCGAGUCUGACCUAUGGCGACGCUUUACUCUCGCUGGACGCAUGCGCCUUUAACACUUUAGCAUUGACUUCGGAAAAACGUUA